GUGAAUCGUCCUGAAAAGCAGUUGACCAAAGAAAUCUAGUUGAAAUGAACCCCCGCCUGUUGUUCUUCGCUAUAUUGUUAGACUGCGGAUUAGGUACGAAAAUAUUAGGAGUUUUUCCGGCACGCUCGCUCAGUCAUCAAAGAGUUUUCCAACCGAUUUGGAAAGAACUUUCCCUCAGAGGACACAGUGUUACUGUGAUAACUACAGACGUUCUGAACGAUCCCAGAUUAAAGAACUUGACGGAAAUCGACGUUCUAGGCGAAUAUGAAGUGACGCACAACUCACAUUUAAUUCAGAAUCUUGCUUCGAAUAAAUCACCACUGAUCAUCAUCUGGAACUUUUUCUGUAUAGUACAGCAAGUGAUAGAGAGUGAAUUGAAGCACGAGGCCGUUGAGGCACUUAUACGCAGUGAUACCGAACAUUUUGAUGUCAUUUUGAUACAAUUCAGCCAUCUUCUCCCUCUGUUGUACGGUUUUGGAGCUAGAUUUCCAUCCCCAAUUGUUGGAAUAUCUUCUAUGGAUUUGUACCUUCAUGCCCAUGAUGCGGUAGGAAAUCCAACCCAUCCACUGGUAGCUCCAGAUAUCAUGCUUAAUCUCCACGGAAAAUUGGGUUUCUUUGAUAAGAUAUCUAGCGUACUCCACAACAUACUAUACAGAAUUCUAUAUUACUGGUACGCCCUUCCAAUGGCAGACAAGGUAGCCAGGAAACAUUUUGGGGAGAAUAUUCCUUACUUGGGAGACGUGGAAAAGAAUAUGAGCCUUAUUCUGACAACAGUCAAUCCAAUCAUUCAUCCUAUCAGGCCUAACGUUCCAAAUAUGAUUGAGAUUAACCAGAUUCACAUCAGAGAAAAGAAGCCACUACCAAAGGACCUCCAAGAUUAUUUGGAUUCUGCACCCGAAGGGGUCGUCUACUUCAGUCUUGGUUCAAACGUCAAGAGUGCGAAUAUUUCUUCCGAAAUAAGAAACAUCAUUAUUGAAGCUUUAUCAGAACUUCCCUAUAAAGUUCUGUGGAAGUGGGAAACAGAUUAUUUACCAAAUCAACCCUAUAAUGUUCUCACUAGGAAGUGGAUACCCCAGCAAGAUGUUUUGG